AUGAAGACGGGGCGGAGCUCGCCGUGGCUGGCUGCAGCACCACGGGCCGCUGCUGGCCGCGCGCCGCCACGACGCGAGCAUGCGCCUCGACGCCGCCCGUGCCACGCCUCGACGCCGCCCGUCGCUGGCCUUGCCUCGACGCGAGCGCCUCGACGCGGCCCCCCGUCCGUGCCGCGCCUCGGGCCGCCCGUCGCUGGCCUCGCCACGACACGAGCGCCUCGACGCCGCCCCGUCGGUGGCCUCGGCACGACGCGAGCGCCUCGACGCCGCCUCGUCGCCGGCCUCGGGCCGCCCGCGUCUGCCUCGCCUUCCACGGCCGCGCCCCGCCUCGCCCUUGCACGCCACGGCCGCGCCUCGCGCCGCCCUCCCAGGCCGUGCCCUCGCGCCGCCCUCGCACGCCACGGCCGCGCCCUCGCUUUCCACGGCCGCGCCCCGUGCCGCCCGCCCCAAGCCACGCCGCCGCCGCAAGCCACGCAGCCCGCGCCUCGCCUCGACGACGCCUCGUGCCGCGCCACCACUUGCCACAACGCCGCGCGCACCGGCCGCGAACACCAAUCGCACCUCGCUCACCACUGA